AUGUACAUGCUGGACAUUGGUGAGAACAAAUUCGAAGGGACAAUUCCUCUCUGUAUUGGAAGAAAUCUCUUGGAGUUGAAGAUUCUUAUCCUUCGUUCAAAUCAAACCCAUGGCCACAUACCAGAUGAACUGUGUGCUCUUAGUUCCCUUCAGAUAUUAGACCUUUCGGAUAACAACUUGUCAGGUCUUAUUCCAAAAUGUAUUAACAAUUUCAGUUCCGUGGCUGUUAAAUUCAAGAACAAAUAUUUCUCCCUCGACAUUGGUGGAAGUAUUGAUGGUGGUUCUCUCAACUUGAGGGAGGUUGCGGAACUUAUGAUGAAAGGUAAGGUAGUUAUAUAUGAUGAGAUUCUUUCUCCUAUAACAAGCAUGGACCACUCGAGUAAUCAUUUGUUCGGAGACAUCCCCACAGAAAUCACAAGUCUUUCAAGUUUGCUAUCAUUGAAUUUGUCUAACAACCUCUUAUUUGGAGCAAUUCCCCUCCAAAUAGGGAAAAUGGGAGCCUUAGAAUCUCUUGAUCUCUCUCUGAACCAGCUUUCAGGAGAAAUCCCACCAAGCAUGUCAAGUUUGAGUUUCUUGAGCCUCUUGAACUUGUCCUGCAACAACUUGAGAGGAAGAAUCCCGACAGGCACUCUGCUCCAGAGCUUUGAUGCUUCCAGUUUUGCUGGCAACGAUCUAUGCGGUCGUCCACUCACCGAGAACUGCAGCUCAGGGGGCGUAAUCAUCGCUGUCGAAGAUAUGGGAUGA